AUGUCCGCAAACACACAUUGGCAGAAACUACGACACAUUGCGGACCGUCUUGCUUUAUGCAAUAUUUUAAUGCUUCUUCAAAAAAGCAUCUCCCAUAUGCGAAGAUGUCGAAAUAUCGCAACAACACUGAGAAACCACAGAGAAAUCGCCCAAAAAUUGCCACUUUCCGUGCCGCUCCCCUUGAAAAAUCCAGAAGGCGUUAAAGUGAUUCCGAAGGGUUCGCCGCCAAUUGGAAGGAAUUCAAGGGUUACAAAAUUGGAGAAUGGGCUCAGAAUUUGCACAGAAGACACUUAUGGGGAUUUUGUGACAGUCGGAGUCGCCGUGGAGAGCGGAUGUCGAUUUGAGAAUGGAUUUCCGUUGGGAAUCUCGAGAGUUGUCGAGAAAUUGGCUUUUAAUUCCUCCGAAAACUUCGAAGGUCGAGAUGAUAUCUUCGCGCAGCUCGAGUCAAACAGUGGAAUCGUUGAUUGCCAAUCCACAAGAGACACAAUGAUGUACGCCGCCAGUUGCCAUCGUGACGGGACGGAUUCCGUUAUGAACGUGAUUGCGGACACAAUUUUCCGCCCGACAAUCGAUGAAACGGGUCUAGAGCAAGCGAAAAUGACAGCCCACUAUGAGAAUAUAGAUUUGCCGACACGAAUUGAAGCGAUAGAAAUCCUCCUGACCGAUUAUAUCCACCAGGCGGCUUUUCAGCACAAUACAAUUGGAUAUCCGAAAUAUGGAAUGGGCUCGAUGGAUAGGAUUCGAGUUUCAGAUGUUUAUGGAUUCAUGAGCAGGGCUCAUACACCAGAGAGGAUGGUUGUAGGAGGCGUUGGUAUCGAUCACGAUGAGUUCGUCUCCAUUGUCACCCGUCAUUUCGACCAGAAAAAUUCCAUUUGGAACAGAAAAUCGACUCUGUUGCCUCCGAAAAUCCCAGAAAUCGACAUUUCCCGUUCUCAAUACACUGGCGGAGAGGUCAGAAUGCAAAAGGAUUUGAAACCGCUGACCAUUGGAAAGCCCUAUCCAUUAUUGGCUCAUGUCGUGUUGGGAUUGGAGGGUUGUGGAUAUAAGGAUGAGGAUUUCGUGGCGUUUUGUGUACUUCAAUCGUUGCUCGGAGGCGGUGGAGCGUUUUCGGCAGGCGGUCCCGGCAAAGGAAUGUACGCUCGAAUGUACACAGAGCUCAUGAAUCGACACCACUGGAUUUACAGCGCAAUCGCUCACAAUCACUCGUACUCGGAUGGCGGAGUGUUUACCGUAACCGCCAGCGCUCCACCAGACAACAUCCACGACGCUCUGAUCCUUCUGGUCCAUCAGAUUCUUCAACUUCAACAAGGAAUCGAUCCAACGGAGUUGGCUAGGGCUAGAACUCAGUUGAGGAGUCAUUUGAUGAUGAAUUUGGAAGGCACGGAGAGAGGAAACAGCCAGAGGAGUAUGCGGAGAGAAUUGGUAAGCAUACUUUGCGCAUCGACCGAGUUUAAAAGUCUUUUUGCUUUGAAAAGGUGUCUUAAAAGAGUCUUUUUUGCAGAAAAAGUGACAAAUGAGGAUAUUCUACGAGUGACAGAACGACUUCUAUCUUCGAAACCAUCACUUGUGGGAUAUGGAGACAUUGAGACGCUUGGAAAUUAUCGAUCGCUGGAUCAAGCACUCGCGAAGAGAGAUUUAAAAUACUUGUUUAAAAAUUAG